AUGACUGUAUCUGAGUGUGUCGAGAUUGAAAUUGAGGCGAAUCAAUUGGCGGAAAUCAUUUUAGGGAAACGAGAAGCGGUGAUUGUCGAUUGCCGUUGCUUUUCCGAUUACAAUCAUCUUCAUGUCAAAUCAGCAGUGAAUGCUUUUUAUUCGAAAUUGAUGAGGAAAAGGAUCGAAGCAAAUAAGGUGGAUUCAACGUGUCUUCUCGGUCAAAUUCUCGGCUCACGACCCAUCGUCCCAACAAUGAUGGAUCUCGUGCUAUAUGCUGAUAGUGAACAAGACAAUCAUCAAUUACCACAACCUGGUCGCAUUUCUCAUAAAAGAAGAUUUGCCGAACAGGAAAACUCUCCGGGUGAAUCGUCAGCAAAAGUGAUUCGUUUGUUGAGGGAGAAAUUAGAGCACACAAAUGUUUUCAACAAUAUUCUUACGUUGAAAGGUGGCUUCAAUUCAUUCCGCAAUCACUAUCCGGAAUUGUGUGAGAGUUCGACCCUCGAACCCCAAACACAAGGUGUGGUUGGUGGUGGAGGGAUGUCGAAUUCUUCAUUCAUCCCCGGUGCUUGUUCACUUUCUUCACGUGUUUCCCUUUCUCAACCAUGUUUACCACAUGGAACUGAUGGACCGACUCAAAUUCUUCCAUUUUUAUAUCUCGGUUCACAGCAAGAUGCUCUCGAUCAGGAGACGUUGAAAAAACACAACAUCACCUAUGUGCUGAAUUUGUCGUUGACUUGCCCGAAAUCGGAUAUUCUUCAAUCGGAUGAACAUUUCAUGCGAAUACCCGUCAAUGACAAUUAUCAAGAGAAACUCUUGCCCUAUUUCGUGCAAGCUUUCAAUUUUUUGGAAAAAGUUCGUGAACGAGGCGCCGUUGUGUUAAUUCAUUGUUUGGCUGGGAUUUCUCGUUCUCCAACCGUCGCCAUUUCAUAUAUAAUGAGACACAAGAAAAUGGGAUCCGAUGAAGCGUAUAGAUUCGUCAAAUCAAAACGCGAAUCGAUCUCCCCAAAUUUCAACUUUAUGGGACAACUCUUGGAAUAUGAGAGAAUUUUGAGAGAUGACGAGAAGAUAUUGCCACAAAAGAGCGACUCAACCGCGCCGUCUUUUGCCCAGAAACAAGACUUCUGCCCAGCAAAAGUGCCAAAGAGUUGCUCGGCGAUGUCCCUGUUUUCUUCAUUGCCGAGUUCUUUCUCGACUUGUUCAUCAACUGAGGAAAGUCUUCCCCCAAAUGAACAUGGGAAAAGGGGAAUGGGACCGGCACAAACCGGUAAUCUGGAAAAACUCGGAUCACUUGAUGGGUCAGCCAUUGCAUCGAAUCUAUCAAGACCAGUUGCUCUCGGAUUGAAGAGUCGAAAGCCGGUCGUGAUUCCAGCACCGUUGGGUGAAGAGCUUCCGUCGCCAUCUAGUGAACUCUCGAAAUUGAGUUUCUCUGGCGGCCUUCCACAUGUUCCGUCAAUUGCAAAUCCAUGCUUUAUCACUGAGAACAAUGUGCAGCCAAUGGCUCCAUCGAUGACGAGUUGUGGGAGUGUCGAGAAUCCGAUUUUCGGCAAAAUGGUUCCCUCGAUUCCCCCAAAAAUGGGAACAUGUCGAUCAUUGGCCUCAAACAAACCAUUUGUGCCACAAAAGGAAAUCGAAAUUCAUUCUCGAUCUACUGAUUUCGAUCGAUCUUUCCAUUCAGCUUCAUCUCCACCAAAAAGCCAGCCAAUGCAAAUUCCACAAGAAUCUAAAAAAGAAAUCAAAGAGAGUCCAAGGAGUCGCUUCCCUUUGAAUUUUUUUGCUUUAUUUAGAAAGCCGGAUCACAGCUCCGAGAAAAUCGCGAGAUCACAAACGGCAUCAGCUGGCUUAUCAACAUAUGCAAGUCGACCUGACAAUUUGGCUGAAGCUGGAGUGGUCAGGGAAAAGGAAGCGCAUUCUCCGCCAGGAACAUCAAAAACGAGUGACUUAACGGAGACAAACUCACCCGAAUCGGGGUUUCAAGAGGGCUAUAAAACAUCACCGGAAGAUCGAGAUCCCGAUCGGACAAGCAUUGGAUCAACGUCUUCACAUGAAAUCGCUGUGCAA